GGAGGAUGGCUGUCUUGCCAUGACAAAUCUUGCAUCGAUUGUGUGAUCACAAAGGCCCUUGGGAGAGGGCGACCGAUUCAUGGUUUAGAAGACAGAAUCUUCCGACAUCCAGCAUUUCAACAAUGGAAGAGACACCUGAGGGCAUGGCUGUAGCGGCAGCAACCAGGGAGGCUGCCAAAAGGAAGAGGGAGGCAGAGAAUGGGUUGCCAGAAGCCAAGCGGCCUGCGCGGCCCAUACCACUUAUCUCCCAUGAAGUGGCAGUGCCCAAGGGAUAUGACGAAGCGGCCAAGAACCUCGACCCUGCCCUGCAUGGUACCUUGGAGAAUCCCAGGUGGAGCGGACCCAGGGCAAAGGAGUACCCCUUCGUGCUGGACCCCUUCCAAGAAGUCUCUGUCGCCUGCAUUGAGCGGAGGGAGUCAGUGCUGGUGUCAGCGCACACGUCAGCGGGAAAAACAGCCGUUGCAGAGUAUGCAAUAGCUCUGGCCUUCAAAAACAACCAGCGCGUCGUGUACACCUCCCCCUUGAAGGCGCUGAGCAACCAGAAGUUCCGGGAGCUGAGCGAGGAGUUUGAGGACGUGGGGCUGAUGACAGGUGACGUGUCCAUCAACCCCAACGCGCGCUGCAUCGUCAUGACCACCGAAAUCCUGCGCUCCAUGCUCUACAGGGGCUCAGAGGUUCUGAGGGAGGUGGCGUGGGUGGUCUUCGACGAGGUACACUACAUGCAGGACAGGGAGAGGGGCGUCGUCUGGGAGGAAACCAUCAUCUUCCUGCCCCCGGAAACCAAGAUGGUUUUCCUGUCAGCGACGCUGUCAAACGCAGCGGAGUUUGCAGCAUGGGUGGCUGCCCUGCACAAGCAGCCCUGCCAUGUGGUUUACACCGACUUCCGGCCCACACCGCUGCAGCACUAUGCAUACGCACCCGGCGCCAAGGGCCUCUUUCUGGUGCUGGACGAGAAGGGCAACUUCAAGGACGAGAACUUCUCGAAGCUGCGCUCAGAGGUUGCGCCAGAGACCGCGGCGGACGAUGCACCCAGCACCUCAGGGCGAGGGGCCGAGAACGGCGGCAGGGGCGGCCGGGGCCGUGGUCGAGGGAGGAAUUCCGGGGGGCGCAGCGGUGGCGGCCGUGGGGACAAGGGAAAGGGAGACACCGCCGCACACAUCUACAAGAUCGUGAAGAUGAUCAAGGACCGCAACUUUGAGCCAGUAAUCGUCUUCAGCUUCAGCAGACGGGAGUGCGAGAUGUACGCGCGGACGCUGAUGAAGCCAGACGCGAAGGGCAAUGCCAUAAACUUUAACAGCCCAGAAGAGCAGGAGAUGGUGGGGGACGUCUUUGCACAGGCUAUCCAGUCUCUGUCAGAGGCGGACCGGGAAAUGCCCCCGGUGGUGGAAAUCCUGAAGCUUCUUAGGGCCGGAAUCGCGGUGCACCACUCCGGGCUUCUGCCCAUCCUGAAGGAGGUGGUGGAGCUGCUCUUCCAGGAAGGUCUCAUCAAGGCGCUCUUUGCGACGGAGACAUUUGCGAUGGGCCUGAACAUGCCGGCGAGGACGGUGGUCUUCACGGCGAUGGAGAAGUGGGACGGAGAGACGAAUCGGUUCAUGUCUUCGGGCGAGUACAUCCAGAUGAGCGGCCGCGCCGGCCGCCGCGGGAAGGACGACCGGGGGAUGUGCAUCAUGAUGAUCGACGACAAGAUGGACGCCGCCAGCUGCAGGGGGAUCGUGCAGGGGAAGCCGUCGCCGCUGCUGUCGCGGUUCCGGCUGACUUACUACACAUUACUAAACAUCCUGCGGCGCGCGGAGGGCAGCGGGCAGAGCAUGGAGUAUGUAAUUGCGCGCUCCUUCCAGCAGUUCCAGUUCGAGCGUUCCCUCCCGCAGGUGCAGAAGGAGCUGAGGGAAGUGGAGGAGAGGGCGGCGCAGAUUGGCGCUGCCACACAGGAGGCCAUGGACGAGUACCAGACACUCAAAGCGGAGAUAGAGGGUGCGGAGCGGGUGCUGACGCCGGCGCUGCUGCGGCCGGAGCGCUGCAUGCACUUCCUGCGGCCGGGGCGGCUCGUGCGAGUUCGCGAAGGGCCCUACGACUGGGGUUGGGGCAUCGUCGUGGCUGUGCACCAGAAGGGCCGCCCAAAGCCAAAGGUAAGCCUGCUGAAAGGUACCUCCAAGCUCUGCGCAAUUCCAGGCCAAAGGAAGGAGCGUGCAACUCCCAUGCCGGAGCCGGCGGGGCGGGGGCGGCCAGGGGAGAUGAAUGUACUGCCGGUGCCGCUGCAAUUACUAACGGCCAUAUCCACGCUGCGCAUCAGCAUACCCCCCGAUCUGCGGCCCAUAGAAGCGCGCAAGGCCACCCUGGCGACCGUACGGGGUUUGGAGCAGCAAUACCCAAACGGCAUCCCUGAGCUGGACCCAGCAGAGGAUUUCCAGGUGGAGGAGCCUGAAGCUCUGGCUGCUGCGGCCAAACUUGGCUCCCUGCAAGCUCGCCUGCGCAGGAACCCCGUCUACCAGGCGGAGAGGGAUGAGAAGAAGAUGCUGGAUGUGGAGAGGCAAGCGGUGCUGGCAGCACAGGCAGUGGCGCUGCGGCGGAAACUCACAGAGUCGCACCUCGCCAAGUUCAGGACUGAGGCCAAGAACAGGACGGCGGUGCUGCGAAAACUGGGUCAUGUGACGGCGGAGGGAGUUGUGUCUCUCAAGGGGCGCGCGGCGUGUGAGAUCAGCACCGGGGACGAGUUGCUAACUACGGAGCUGAUGCUGAACGGCGUGUUCAACAGCCUGGAUGUGCACCAGCUGGUCGCUGUCAUCUCCUGCCUCGUUCCUGUGGAGAAAUCCAACGAGGAGGUGAAGCUGAAGGCUGAGCUGGCGGAGCCGCUGGCCGCACUGCAGGACACGGCGCGCGCGAUAGCCGAAGUCCAGCGCGAGUGCAAGCUCGAGGUGGACCCGGACGAGUAUGUGGAGUCCUUCAAGCCCUUCCUCAUGGACGUCAUCUACGCCUGGUCCAAGGGGGAGCAAUUCGUGGACGUGUGCGGGCGCACGGACAUCUUUGAGGGCAGCAUAAUCCGCGCCACGCGGCGACUUGACGAGCUUGUCAACGAGCUGGCGGCCGCGGCGUCCGUCAUCGGCGACGUGGGCCUCGAAGAAAAAUUCCGCGCGGCAGCCGCCACUAUCCGGCGCGACAUCAUGUUUGCUGCCUCGCUCUACAUCUGA